AAAUUUUCUUUAGCAGCAUUUAAAUCAUCCAAAGUUGGAUAUCAAAAUUUAAAAAAUCUUAAAUAUUAUUAAUAAUAAUUGAGAUAAUUAUCAGUUCAAUUAUUGUGUAGUAAAAAGAACAAAAAAAGUGUAUUUAUAUUUUAAUAAAUGUGUAGUUUAUUUUAAAAAAAUAUCGGAACAAGCAAAAAUGAUACCUCCUGUUGCUCCUGGGCAAACAGAGGAAAAAUUAAACAUGGUUGGAUGGAAAAACACUUUUAAUAUGCGACAAAUAAGUCUAAUGAAUCUUGCUGCUAGUCAAUUAUCAAUGAAAAAUGGAGCCAAGUCAUUAAUCCCAUCUUACAGAAGAGCCUACAGUGUUACAAGUCCCUCCAAAUCUCUGGAUAUUUUAAGGAAGAAUCUUCAAAAUGCUAUUAAUAAGGAUAUAGAUAAUGUACUGAAGAAAUAUAUCGAGAAGUUUUUUCAACCUGCCAUUAACAAUAUAAGAAACAAUGUGGGAAAGGAUAGUGUAGGAGAUGACCACAUUAAAGAAGUUUGCAAAACAAUGCUGGAAGAAGCUAAACUUAUGUAUAAAGUGAGUCCACAUUCUAGGGACAAUUCACCUUAUGAAUGCUACCAAAGUGAAGGAGAGUCUGAAGCCAGUCUGACUGAUCUUAGAAUGGGAAUGAACAGUCCCAUAAUAUGUUGUAAGAGAAAAGAUUGUGAUCCAGAUGCUGAAAUCAUUCCAUCACCUGCAGCGCCCACUAAAAAACCAAGGAACAAAACUACACACUCCACUGAUUACAGUAGUUGCAAACUGUCGUGGAAACGGGAUGGUCCUAAAUGGAAUCCAGAUAGACUUCGAGCUAAUACGUUAUUUAUAAUGGGAGCAAGAGCCAACAAAGUAUUAGGAUAUGGUCAGACACGCGGAAGAUUGUAUGUCCGGCAUCCAAAUCUUGUUAGGUAUUCUGGAGACCAAGAGGAUAAAGAAUGGUUAGCUUCAAAAAAUCUAAUGCCACCUAGCGGUGGCAAAGCAUAUUUAAUGCUCCUGGAAGACAUAAAAGAGUUAACAGUAAGCGAUGAAUACAAAUACAAUGCCAAUCUCCAACUACAUGAACUGAAGGGUUUUGAAGUGCCCCUAUUUUUACUAAUAAAAAUAAAAAACUUUAUCGAAUAUGUGAGAAAUGAAAGGAAAUUACUAGCUAACGUUGAUCCAUUCGAAGACCAAUGUGAUCCUAAUAUAUCGUCCACACCACACAGCGUAGCCAUUGAUUCAGCGCCGUCUACGCCUUCAGAUACAACUUUAAUCGUAGAAAAUACUUCAGAAAUAACGUUUAAAACAGACUUUUUGAAUAUGUCGUCAGAUAUGAGUAACAAUUUGACAAGUUCCGUUAUUUCCAGUAUUCUGUCUGGUCAUUUAACAACUAUGAAUGGACCAGACACUUCUCAAGACUUUUAGCUCCUUCAAAACUUUUUUCAAUAUUGUUUCUUGUCUGUUUAACAUGUGUACUGUAAAUGCGCUAGUAGUAUUUAUUUAUUUGUUUAUUUAUUUAUUUAUUGAGGAAAAUAGUUAUUAAGAUGUAAACUCAAAGUACGAAAUAGUUGUCAGUUACCGUAAAAUGGGGUGAAUAGGAACGGUUUUCAACUUUCAUCUGAAAAAAAUGUCACUAACACACAUUGCAAACAUAAAACUUAUGCAUUGUUAUUUGGGUCUUACCUUCCUCUUUUGAUAUUUAGAUGUUAACAAAUUACAAAGUUAAUACUUUAAUCACAAAAAAAUCAAAACCUGGUGUUCCUAUUCACCCCACCAAGUGAGGUGAAUGGGAACACCUGUAUUAAAAAUUAUUGUGUUCCUAUUCGUACAUUUGUAGGGUCAAUAGAAACAGGUAAAAAGUGUCUAAGGUGUAAAGUACAGUAGAACCUCGAUUAUCCUUCAGGGCACUGGACCAAGGGUAUGACGGAUAAUCGAAAAGACGGUUAACAGAACAUUAAAAAAAAAUGAAGAAGUCAUAGUAGGUACAACUCUCAAAUUUCAUUUGUAUGGUUUGUUGGACAAUAUAAGAGGGAUUUGUGUUCGUACAAUCGAAUCAAUUUAAAAUAUUCUGAAAUCUUUGUUUGUUUUAUUGUUGCUUCACAUUUUGCGACGGCUGAAUUUCUUAAUCGGCAUAAGAUCAUGCAAUCUACUUUAUUGGCUUCUUCUUGUUGAGAAUACCACUCGGUGAAUUAUUGCAUAUGCGAUGCAGCUUCUCUAGAUUAUUUACGCAAACCUUUGUCAGUUACAAUAGGUUCACCAACAUAGCUACAGUCAAAUUCCAAGUCUGUGUCAGCUUCUGAAUCUGUUUGGUCCGCCUUUGUUGCCAUUUCAACGAUUUAUUUAUCUGUCAGCAACGGAUAGCCGUUUGUGUCCUCAUCACAAAUCAAAUUAACUUUUUUUUUAUUUUUUUACAUUAAAAUUUUUGCUUAUGUAGUCAGUGCCACUUCUGUGUGUAACCUGACGGUUAAUGGAGAGACGGAUAAUCGAGGUUACACUGUAACAUACACAAAUAAAUAUAAAGUUUGUAUUGUUAAAAAAAUAUAUUGUUGAAAUAAUGAAAAAUAUUUUUUAAACUCUAA